UUUCUUCAACUAUAAAUAGCUGUGAUGAUGUUGGGUUGCAAUGAAUCAAAAAGAUCAUCUGGUAGAGAUGAUUAAGAUGAGUCCAAGUAAGCCAACUCUAGUCUUUGUUAUGUUGGCUGUGAUUUUGCUUUUCCAGAGUGUUCAUUCUCAGCUUCGAGUCGGAUUUUACAAAGAUACAUGUAGCUCAGUAGAAUUUAUCGUCAAAGAAGAAGUGACGAAAGCGAUUGUUAAAGAUAGAGGACUAGAUGCUGCUUUGAUGAGAAUGCAUUUCCAUGAUUGCUUUGUUAGGGGUUGUGAUGCGUCGGUACUCCUCGACUCGACUCCAUCCGGCACUGCAGAGAAAGACUCCUUUGCCAAUAACCCGAGUUUACGAGGCUAUGAAGUCAUAGACAGAGCAAAGGGUAGAUUGGAAGCUGUAUGCAAAGGAAUAGUUUCCUGCGCUGAUAUAGUUGCAUUUGCAGCUAGGGACAGCAUAGAGAUGGCCGGAGGACUCGGCUAUGAUGUCCCUGCAGGUAGAAGAGACGGUAGAAUAUCACUAGCCUCGGAGAUCAUCGGAAAUCUACCGCCCCCGACGUUUAACGUCAACCAAUUGACGCAGAUGUUUGCCAAUAAAGGCUUCACACAAGAGGAAAUGGUCACACUCUCAGGAGGACACACACUUGGGCGGUCUCACUGCAGUUCAUUCAGUGACAGAUUGUACAAUUUCAGUGGAACAUCGAUGCAGGACCCGAGUUUAGAUCCGAAGUAUGCAGCCAAGUUGAAGCAGCAAUGCCCUCAAGGUAGCACGGAUCCUAGCACAGUGGUGCCGAUGACUUCGACUCCUAGCAUCGCGGACGCAGGCUACUACGCCGACAUUCUAGCCAACAGGGGCUUGUUUACAUCGGACCACACGCUGCUUACAAGCCAAGCUACGGCGAACCAAGUGGUGGAGAAUGCAAGGAAUUCGAUCAAGUGGAAGGCCAAAUUUGCAGCUGCGAUGGGGAAGAUGGGGCAGCUUGAUGUCUUGACAGGAACCGCAGGAGAGAUUCGAACCAACUGUAGGGUGAUCAACAGCUAGAGAGAUUGAUUAUUAGUUAUCAUAAAGUUCGAUGGAAUUUGAGUGAAUUUCAAGUUUUUUUUAGAAAAAGCUAAAUGUGAUGUGACAUAAUUUUCAAUAGUGAAAUGGAAAUGUUUGAUUGA